AUGCCUGGUCUGGAGUCAUUACAUACGAUGCCCGAAGAGCAACCAGAUGAAAUGCAAUGUGCUAGUGCCUCGGACUCAGUCGGACAUAUCUCAGACGACGUCAACGCAUUAUCUUUAUCGGCUCGGCACCCAACCUCCUACCUAGGUGUUUCAUCUAUUCAGGCUGCACUGAAGGUCAUUGCGUGGCUGCAUCCAUCAGUUAACUAUUACUUAUCCCAUCCCUUGUCUAAGGACCAAGGUCUCCAGCCAACCAACUCGUUGCCCCCGACGCAACCUAUAUCUCAUCCUGACCUCCCACCCACGGAACUCCAAAUGUUAGAUGCGUACUUUCUCAACUUCCAACCAUUUGCACCACUCAUAGACGAAGAAGUCUUUCGUACGACUUACUUACUUAGUCGUCGAAAGGAUGAUCGAUGGCUUGCACUACUCAACAUAGUUCUCGCGUUGGGAAAUAUUGCAGCCGCAGGCGCAGAUAACAAUACCCACCGUGCGUAUUAUGAGCGUGCAAUGGAUCACUUAAAUCUACGUUCACUCGGGGAUCCUAGCCUUGAGGUUGUUCAGGCCCUAGGUCUCAUGGGUGGAUGGUACUGUCAUUAUAUUAGUCAACCGAAUCUGGCAUACUCCCUCAUGGGUGCGUCGCUACGGAUGGCGGUCACUUUAGGUCUGCAGCGGGAACCUUCUGAUAUUCACUCGAUGCUCGACCCUAAGAAGUCUGGAAUCCAGGAAUUCAAACGUCGCGUCUGGUGGUCACUUUGUUGUUUGGAAACCUGGGGCCAUGAAACACUCGGCCGGCCAAGUAUGGAUUACUUUGGCCCUAGCAUCACAGUCAAUUUGCCUAGCCGACUUGACAAGGAAUCUUAUUUCGAUGUCCUCCCCUUGACGGAAAAUAUCCAAUUCGUGAAAAUUGCUUUGAAAAUUCAAGAAUCGUUAGCUGCGCUACCAACCCUAUCGCACACGGAUAUGUUCGAUCUGGACUCGCAACUUGUUCGGUGGUGGCAUGACCUGCCGCCGGUCCUCAAGGAUUACGAACCCUGUCCCGAAUCACUACAUGCAGUACGUACUGUGAUGCGUUGGCGAUACUACAAUCAUCGCAUGUUACUUUAUCGCCCAACUCUACUGAACUAUGCAAUGCGAAGAAUUCCCUUCAUGGCCAUUCGGGUUGAAGAACGCACUGCUAUUCAAAAAUGCCAGGAAAUCGCAGAGAUUUCUAUCCAAGACAUUUCCUCGACAACAAAAUUGAAUCAAAUGAUCGGUUGGAACGCUGUUUGGAUGUUAUUCCAGGCCACUAUGGUUCCAUUGAUUUGUUUAUCCGCUGGCGUCGCAGAAGACGAUUCCACUGCCUGUAAGACGCAAGUUGAAACAGCGAUGUUGACCCUUGGUCGCCUGAAGCCUUAUGGGCACACGGCAGGACGCUCCCUUGAGGUCAUUUCUGGAAUUCUCGAGUCUAAUCUUCACGGUCCUCCCGCAGAGCCGCUUGAUGCAAGUGGAGAUAAUCUCGACCCCCAAAGUUUUCCUCCUCCAAAUGCUUUCAAUGCAGGCCAACAAAUCGCCCGUGAUCGUGUUUCGGAUUGGACUGCUACUUCCUUUGAAACCCUUUCGUCUCAGUACAUGUGGGAGUAUUUGAGCUGGGACCAUAGCAAUCUCUGGCCUGAGGUUUUCGACCUCAAUGCUCAGAAUGAAGAUGUGGUAAUGUCUUUCCUGGACUCAUCUGCAGCCAAUACGUGA